AUGCAUAUCAAAGAAAUUCAUAUUGAUGGAUUUAAAUCCUAUGCCACUCGAACCGUACUGAACGGAUUUGAUAAAUCGUUCAAUGCCAUUACCGGCUUGAACGGAUCAGGCAAGUCCAAUAUUUUAGAUGCAAUUUGUUUUGUGUUGGGAAUUUCAAAUCUUGGCCAAGUGAGAGUCAAUAAUUUACAGGAACUAAUUUAUAAACAAGGACAAGCUGACGUAACAAAAGCAAGCGUGAGUGUAGUUUUUGAUAAUAGCGAUAAGGACACUUCACCGGUUGGUUAUGAAGACCAGUCCACUAUCACCGUGUACAGACAAAUUAUGAUUGGUGGAAAAAACAAAUACAUGAUCAACGGUAGAAAUGCUCAACUCUCCCGAGUACAGAAUUUGUUUCAUUCCGUUCAGCUCAAUGUAAAUAAUCCCCACUUUUUAAUCAUGCAAGGAAGAAUCACAAAGGUGCUCAAUAUGAAACCAAUUGAAAUUUUAGGAAUGAUUGAAGAAGCUGCAGGUACUAGAAUGUUUGAAGUAAAGAAGGGCCAAGCUCAAAAAACAAUUCAAAAGAAGGAUCAAAAGCUGGAAGAAAUUGCAAAACUGUUAUCUGAGGAAAUUGAACCCAAAUUAGAAAAGCUCAAUGCUGACAAGACCAAGUACAUGAAAUAUAACGAAAUUCUAAAUGAAUACCAAAAUAUGGAACGGUAUUGCAUUGCGUUUGAAUACUAUACAGCAGAAUGUCAGCUGAAAAAUUUGAAAAACGAAGAAGAUUCAUUACGUAAGAAAAUUUCUGAGCUAGAGUCAAAGCAUAACGAAUUUCAGAAGAAAGAAUCAGAAACUCAAAAGAAAAUUGAAAAUUUAAAGAAACAGAGACAAAGCGAUAUGAAAGAUGAGGUCAAGGAAUUGGAGAACAAAGUGGCAAAACUCAACAAAGAACUUAUUCACAAAAAAUCAGAACUGGAACAUAAAAAAGAAGAGUAUGAACGAGAAAAAGCCCAGUUGGACAGCUUACAAAAACAAAUCAUGGACGAGGAAAACAACAAGUUGGAAUUGGAAAAGAAAUGUCACAACGCUGUAGUACGGUCUGAAGAACUCAAACAAAAAAUUCAGGAUCUCACAAACAAGAUUGAUAAUAUGAAGCGUCAAAAAGAAGCAGUUAGUGCAGGUGUGGCUGUAAAUAUUAGCGAUGGCAACGGUAAAACCAUUACAGAACAGGUUCUCGAAUGCAAACAGACCAUUACCUCUCUCAAAAGUAGUUUGAAACAGAGUGAAAUGAGACUUUCUCACCUUAAAACAACUCUUAACGAAAAGAAGAUACAGCUAUCGAAACAAAGUGCUGAAGAGACAUCUCUCAAACAACAACUAGAAGAGAUUGAGAAGGUUGUAAACACACAAGCAAAACAGUUGGAACAGUUGAAUUUUAAUGAAAGCAAAUAUAUUGAGACAGAAAAGCAAAUUGAAAUGUUGGAGGCAGACAUUGUUGAUAGAACAAACAAGAUCAAUCAAAAGAAAAUGUCACUCGAACAAAUUUUCCUUGACUAUAAUAAGGAAAAUGUAUCUGGUAAUGUAAUGGGAGUAGUAGCCAACCUUUUCAGAAUCAAGGAUAAACAAAAUACCUGUGCUCUAGAAGUUGCAGCUGGACCAAGACUUGGUCAACUUGUGGUGGAUACUGAAAAAACAGGAAAAGAAGUCAUUGAAAAAGGAAAUAUUUCAAGACGAGUAACUGUUAUUCCAUUGAACAACAUCACAUAUGGCAAGCGAUUUGAAAACCAAGAAUUAUUGAAACAAGUUCACAAUAAUAAUGCCUCCUUGGCAUUGGAUUUAAUCAAUUAUGAAAGUAAGGUAGAAAAUGCCAUGAAAUAUUGCUUUGGAUCAACCCUUGUAGCCACAGAUAUGGAGACUGCAAAGAAGGUUGCCUUUGACAAGACUAUUUACGCAAGAACAGUAACCAUUGAUGGUGAUGUUUUUGAUCCUAGCGGUACAUUAACAGGAGGUUCAAGGCAUUUCAAUCCUGAAACAUCAAUACUCUCCAAAUUAGAAGCUCUCAAGCUCAUUGAAGAUGAACGGGAUUCUAUUAUUAAAAAGGUUGAAGGUCUCAAAUCCCAGCUUAACAAAAAGCUUAAGGACAAGUACUACGCAUUGAAAAACGAAUUACGGCUAAAGAAGCACGAACAGUCUCUUGCACAAAAAAGAGUUGAACAAAGUAGCUAUUUCCAAACAAAGAAACAAGUAGAAGAAAUGGAGCAAGAAAUUGUAAAGAUUAACGAAAAUAUGAAGCAAUUCAACAUUGAUAUUCAAAACAAGCAAAAGGAGCUUGUUGAUCUAGAAAAACAACAAGAACUAUUUAGCAAGGCCAGCGAUGAAGAAGCUGUGAAAAAGCAAAAACUAGAAAUGAUUGACAAAAAUAUUGAGAAAGCUAAAAAAGAGCUACAAACAGCAAAAACGGAAUUGAAAGAAGCAGAUUCUGACAAACUUUCUCUGCAACUACAGCAAAUGUCAGAAGAUAUUAAGGAAAUGAAAACUCAAUAUGAAUCAAAGCGGACAGAAAUUGAGUCCAACCUGGAAAAAACGUUUACCAAGUUGCAAAAAGAUGUUGACAACGCCUCUGAGGCAUAUGAAAGCGAAAGCACAAAUCUUAAGGCCUGUAGAUUAGAAUUUUCAAAGUCAGACGAAGAAAUUUCUAAACUCAACGAACUGAAAGAUAAGUACGCCAAGAAUGCAUCCGACAUUCUUCUAGAGGUGAAAAGCGUGGAACACACUCUAUCAAAUUCUGGCAAAAAUUCUGGAAAACUUGCAACUCUUUUAAAUGCGCUGAAAAGUGAAAACAAGUGGAUCAAAAACGAAAAGGAAAACUUUAACAAACCGGAUACAGAAUUCCACUUUGAUAAGAACAAUCAGUCGUUGCAAGAAUGCAAGCAACGCCUUUCAAAACUUAAGGAAGAAUGUGACAGCCUUUCAAAAAGUAUCAACAAAAAGGCUAUGGCCAUGCAUGAAAAGGCAGUAGAAGAAUAUAAUGAUUUAGUUAAAAAGAGAGAAAUUGUUCAACAUGAUAGGCACAAAAUUGAGAAUGUCAUUGAGGAUUUGGACGAUAAGAAAAAGAAAGCAAUCGAGGAAACUUGGAAGAAAGUGAACACAGAUUUUGGCUCUAUUUUCUCAACCCUUCUCAAUGGAACCACAGCUAAGCUCGAGCCUCCCUCAGACGCGGUUAAUGGAGCGCUGGAUGGCCUUGAAGUACGUGUUGCCUUCAACGGAGUUUGGAAAGAGUCCUUAACAGAAUUGAGUGGAGGUCAAAGGUCACUGCUCGCACUUUCUCUCAUUCUUGCUCUGCUCAGAUUCAAGCCAGCCCCUGUAUAUAUUUUGGAUGAGAUUGACGCAGCUUUAGAUCCUUCACACACACAAAAUAUUGGCCGCAUGUUGAAGACUCACUUUACAAACUCUCAAUUUAUUGUGGUUUCUCUCAAGGAAGGGAUGUUCCAAAAUGCAAAUGUUCUCUACAAGACAAAAUUUGUGAAUGGUUCGUCAUUGGUCGAACGUGUAGUUGACCAUAGAUCAGCUGUUGACUCCGACUCGGGCUCGUCAAGCAACAAUGUAAACCCUAACUCAUCCUCAACAACCACAUCUUCAAGAAGAACUGCAGCAUCAGCUUCAUCAAACGCUCGCACAAACUCUGCAUCUGUUACCGCCACCACUUCCUCUCAACAACCUGCCCAACUUGUCUCCCGAAGAGGAUCCAAGCGAAAAUCUGCAAAUGAAGACGAAAGUGAAGAAGAGGAGGAAUAA